CUUGUCGGAAACUCAUCCUAAAUUUUUGACACACGAUAUUUUUGCCAGAUCACACCCUUUAUCUGCAGGCGAGACAGAGAGAGAGAGAAAGAGGCCACAGCUCAUCCACUGCGCCAGAACAGAGACAAUAAAAAAAGCAGCAAACAUGUUGCCAAAGUUCGAUCCAACAAACCCAAUAGCCACCAUGUCUCUUCUUGAGGAUGUGACGACCAACGCAAAGAAGAUUCAAGAUUCUGUGUUGGAAGCAAUACUUUCACAUAAUGCCCAGACAGAGUACCUUAGAGGUUUCCUCAACGGUCAACUCGAUAAGCAGAGCUUCAAAAAGAGCCUACCCGUUGUGACCUACGAAGAUAUUAAGCCUUAUAUUGAUCGUAUCGCUAGUGGAGAGCCGUCUGAUCUCAUUUGCGAUCGACCUAUCAAUCUGCUCUUGGCCACCACGGGUACUUCUGGAGGAGUUCCAAAGUUGAUUCCUUUGACAGCAGAGGACUUGGAACAGAGGAUAUUGUUUGGAUUUCUCUAUGCACCUCUAGUCUUCAAGCACAUCGAGGGGCUUACCCAAGGCAAAUCUCUCAUGUUUUAUUUCGUGACCCGAGAAAGCGAGACUGCCUCUGGUUUGAUGGUCAGGUUUAUGAUAACUUGUGUUUUGAAAAGCGUGAACCCAACCAACUCUUUUCUUUGGGAUAGAGUACAGAUAAGCCCCCAUGCGAUUGCGACUUGUGAAGACACUAAUCAGGGGAUGUACUGCCAAUUGCUUUGUGGUCUUCUACAACGCCAAAAUGUAGCUCGCCUAGGUGCACCCUAUGCUUCUUCCUUCCUCAAAGUAAUCAAGUUUUUUGAAGAUCAUUGGCAUGAGUUAUGCUCAAACAUAAGGACUGGCCGUCUCAGUGACUGGAUCACUGACCCCCAAUGUGUUUCCGGGAUCAGUAAGUUCCUUACCGCUCCAAAUCCGGAACUAGCGACUGUGAUCGAGAAAGAAUGCAGCAAAACCUCAUGGGAGGCAAUACUGAGGAGAAUAUGGCCAAAAGCAAAAUGCAUAGAAGCUGUCGUUACCGGCACCAUGGCACAGUACAUUCCAUUGCUGGAAUUCUAUGGCGGCGGCCUUCCUUUGAUUUCAUCUUGGUAUGGCAGCUCAGAAUGUUUCAUCGGAAUCAAUCUCAAUCCUCUGUCUAAGCCUAGUGAUGUGGCGUACACCAUCAUUCCAAGCAUGGGGUACUUUGAGUUUAUAGAGGUCGUGAAAGACCGUCAAGAAGCUGGUCAUGUUCCCGCAGACCCUGUGGUCGUCGAUCUUGUCGAUGUUAAAAUUGGCCAUGAUUAUGAACUUCUUGUCACAACGUUUUCUGGUCUGUAUAGGUAUCGUUUAGGGGAUGUUUUACGAGUGACUGGUUUCCACAACAAUUCGCCACAGUUUUAUUUUGUGGGAAGACAGAAAGUUGUUCUGAGCAUCGACGUAAGCAAGACCUACGAAGAAGACCUCCUCAAGGCAGUGUCAAACGCAAGUCUCUUGCUCGAGCCACAUGACCUGAUGCUCAUGGAUUUCACUAGCCGUGUGGAUCUCUCCUCUUUGCCAGGACACUACGUGCUCUACUGGGAACUCGGGAGCAAAUUCAAGAACGCCAAGCUCAAGCCGGACCGCAAUGUCAUGGAGGAAUGUUGCGUCACCGUUGAGGAGGCUCUCGACUCUGUGUACAGAAAAGGACGAAAGAAUGAUACAAUCAUUGGACCACUCGAGAUUAAGGUUGUUAAACCAGGCGCUUUCGAUGAGCUCAUGAAUUUGUUCUUGUCUCGAGGCUCUUCUGUGAGUCAGUACAAGACUCCGAGGUCAGUGACGAAUGAAGACGCUUUGAAAAUACUCGAGACCAAUGUUGUUUCCAAGUUUCUUAGCCGGAAAACUCCGUCGUGGGAGAUACAUGAGCUACAUUCCAGCCGAUAAAACCGCCGUUACAUAAUGUGUGAGAGAGACUUAGAAAAAAGGGAAAUGAUAAUUAAAGAAUAACAAAUCCCGUAACAUAUAUAACAGAUAGUAACGUUAACAUACAUAAUCUAUCUCCUAAUUUAUCAUACUAGUUAUAAAAUAUUAUAAGUCCGUUAUAUAAUCUUCUAUGAA